AUAUACCUCCUGAAAACAAAUCAACCGAAAACUUUGUAAGAUGGAAUAUAAUUAUUUCCUGUGAAUCCAGAACAAACGAAAAGUAAAAAGAAGACCAUGUUUUGUUUAUCGGAUUGAGUGUACAGAUAUUAUCAUGGAUAGCCAGAAUAUGGAUUUUUUAGAUUCAUCAUUGCUAACUCCCGACCUAACAUCUGACACAGACUUAUUCUUUGGUAUUGCUGACUUAGCGCUAUCUGAUAGCUCACCAAAUCACUUAUCAUUUAAUUCAAUAUGUAUGUCAGUGUUAGACAAAGAGCUAUCCUGUAGUUCUUCCGCAGAUAGUGGUAAAGGGGAAUCGGAAGAUUCGGAAACAAUACAUAGAGGAGAAUCGGAAGAUUCGGAACCGGUACAUGAAGAAAAAUCGAAAGAUUCGAAAGUGGCACAGAAACCGCCAAAGAAAAAGCAUCACAAAAAUCAACCGCCUGAUGCUGAACAUCUUCCGCCAUGUAGAGUUUGUGGAGAAAAGGCAUCGGGACUUCAUUACGGCGCUAAUACAUGUGAACCAUGCAAGAUUGAGUGUACAGAUAUUAUCAUGGAUAGCCAGAAUAUGGAUUUUUUGGAUUCAUCAUUGCCAACUCCCGACCUAACAUCUGACACAGACUUAUUCUUUGGUAUUGCUGACUUAGCGCUAUCUGAUAGCUCACCAAAUCACUUAUCAUUUAAUUCAAUAUGUAUGUCAGUGUUAGACAAAGAGCUAUCCUGUAGUUCUUCCGCAGAUAGUGGUAAAGGGGAAUCGGAAGAUUCGGAAUCAAUACAUAGAGGAGAAUCGGAAGAUUCGGAACCGGUACAUGAAGAAAAAUCGAAAGAUUUGAAAGUGGCACAGAAACCGCCAAAGAAAAAGCAUCACAAAAAUCAACCGCCUGAUGCUGAACAUCUUCCGCCAUGUAGAGUUUGUGGAGAAAAGGCAUCGGGACUUCAUUACGGCGCUAAUACAUGUGAACCAUGCAAGGGUUUCUUUCGUCGCAGCAUAGUCAAGAUAGAAAAGAAAAAUGAGAAAUACGUUUGUGCUAAAGGAGAUGAAUCAUGCAAACUUGGGACUGGAAAACGGACAAUGUGUUCCUAUUGUAGAUAUAAAAAAUGUCUAGAUGUAGGAAUGUCACACGGAGCUAUUAAAAUUGGAAGGUAUACCCACGAAAAGAGAACCAAAGAUAUAACAGAGGUCAACAAAUUAAAACUAAAAGAAAAUCAGACAGUUGAUACGACAUCAGUUGAUGUAACGGAACAGGAAGUUGAUGAAUUAGUGGCGCGUUUGAUUGUUAUCCAGGAAGAAUUCUGUGCUGAUUUUAGAACAUGUUUUCAACCAGGUGGCCUUCUUGAAAGGCAGACGUCUAUUUAUGAAAGAUUCAAAGAAAAAAUUGAAACAUUUGGUAAUCUUGUCGCAUUACCAUGGAGUGUUUACAAUGAAUUUCUAUCUACAACUGGAAUGGAACUUGACGAUAGAAAAAGUCAUAUGAACAUCAUAGCAGCACGAAUGGAAGAAGCCGUUCGAAACAUGGUUAGUUUUGCAAGACAUAUACCGGGUUUUUCUGAUCUUCAGACGCCAGAUCAACUAGCUUUACUGAAAGCUGGUUACAUGGAAUAUUGCCUUCUUGGAGCGCAUACUAGAAUCAACCCAAUUCUCAAAGUAUUUUCAGCUGCUCGUGAAGUACCAAUACUCGGAACACAUUUUUCUGAAAUUACACAUUUAUUGGAACCAAAAGUCAUAGACCAGGUGUUAGAUUUUGCAACCAGUAUUCAGAAGUGUCGGUUAACAGUCGAAGAAGUAACACUUGCACGAGCGAUUGUCAUUACAUUUAGUGAUCGAUGUGUCUUACAAGAACCAGAAAAAGUUGACAAAAUCCAGAUGAAUUUAGUCAAUUGUUUACGCUGCAUUGCUAAAAAGAAUCAUAAAAAUCCUGAUGAAAGAAUAUGGCAGAUAUUUGACAAAUUUAUGAUACUCCGAAGUUUAUCCGAGCAUGGGCCUGAGAUUUAUGCAAGAAGGUCAAAAUGGGAUGCUGUGAAAGACCGUCCUCUUCUACUAGAAAUGAUAAACCCUGAAAACCAACCAGCAUCAAAUGGGAUAUAAUUUUUGUGGAAGAUUUUUAUAGAGAAAAACAUUGAUGCAAUAUUGAAGGGGUAUUCGCUUAUUCUACGUACUGUUCUCUGAUUUCAAUUGUAUUUUUGCAAAUUUCAAACGGCUAUUCACAAAUUUAUGAAACAAGCAUAAUUUAUUAUAUACAAAACAUUUUAUUGAUGUAUGCAUAAUGUUCUAAAACAUGACACGCGUAGUUUCAAACUGAAGCUAUGUUUUCUGAUAUUUGUAGUUAUUUUAUUUUGAAAUAGAAAGGGAAGAGAGAAAGAAAUGAGAUGCAUUUUUGAAUUUUUUUGAAGAAAUAUUGGAAAAGAAAAGUCAAUCUUUAGAUUUCAAAGAGUUAGGAAUUUUUUCUAAUGGCGGACCUUGUUUCCAAUUCUUUUAUGUUUUUGAUAAAGUGAGACAACUCAUACUUAAGACAGAUCGUUUUUCUUUAGAUGCUUUUGUGCUUUUUUGUAAAUAAUUGUUUGUUUUGAUAUUGUAACACAGUGAUGACUGCUGUACCCAUAUUUCGACUAUUUUAUUUAUAAUGUCUGUUUUGUUCACGCAUCGUUGUAAAUAUAACGGAAUUUGAUGAGACUGUCGUACAAGUGAGAGGUUUAGCGCUAUAAAACCAGGUUCAAUCCACCAUUUUCUACAUUUGAAAAUGCCUGUACCAAGUCAGGAAUAUGACAGUUGUUGUCCAUUCGUUUGAUGUGUUUUGUCAUUUGAUUUUGCCAUGUGAGAAGGGACUUUCCGAUUGAAUUUUCCUCGGAGUUCAGUAUUUUUGUGAUUUUACUUUUUUUCUGUCAAUGCAAACCUUAUUAAAGUAUUGCAUUUUUAUAUAUCUUAACUAAUAAGAAGUUGCCUUUCGUAACCACCAAUUUUCAAUACCAUGACCAUUUGUUUUCAUCAUAAAUGUUCCUAAAAGUCACAAUUAUUUACCAGGUCUCACACAAUACACGAGACUUGCACUACUUGUUUUGUAUUACCAUGGGCAACAAUUUUGUUUUACUUAGUAGUCGGUAUCUUGCAGACUAAAAUUAAACAAAAUCAGUGACGAAUCCGGGGGUGGGGUGAAGAGGGCGUACGCCUUUUAAGUCGGCAAAACAAAUCUCAUCUUUCUCACGAUUUAUAUGAGUUUUUUUUAUCAUAAAAUCGUCCAUUCUUUUUAUAGAUUUCGUUUUCUGGAAUAACACAGCCUUUCAAAAAUCAUGGAUCCGCUCCUGAAAAUGACCUUUAGAUGAUAAGGAAAUUGUUUGCUAUUGCAUCAAUAUUAAGAUGUCGAAACAGUUCAUCAAAUUAAAUUACGGUCUCAUUUAUAAGAUUAAUUGAAAACAGCAUAUUGCAGAUCUUGAGAGCAUUUGUAACAAUCACUACGCUUUUUACAAAAUAAAUUUUAUUUGAAAUAA